AUGUCUACCGUUGAGCUGGCCUCUUCGUUCAUUGAGGGUGCCCCGCCAGGCGAGCUUCCCGAUGUCGUUGCCGAUGUCAAGGCCCUGACCUCCGAAGAGGGUGACCUCAUCCCGUCGCUCGCCCCCGCGUUUGAACGAUACAACGAGACACAAUUGACAACCGUCAAGCUGCCGGGGGCUAGUCAGGAGGUGAUUGUGAGUGGGUUCAACAAGUUGGAGGGGAACAGGUACUUUGAUGUGGAGAGUCAAACUUCGUUUGAGGUUGACCAUGUCACGCAGGAGGCGUCUGAUGCGCAGUCGUAUGUUCUGGAAUCGCAAAAUGCGGACUUGAUCAAAUCCCUCCUCAAAUCUCUAUCUGCACAUGCCACCGAACACUACCCCAACUGCUCUUACGGAGUGUACCCGACAGAGAACGACUCUUCCGUUGCCAUCCUACUCGUCGCGAACCGAUACUCGCCGAACAACUUCUGGAACGGCCGAUUCCGCGCAAUCUACACAAUGCCCGUCUCCGAGCCGACCACCGUGACCGGCAAAAUCCACGUAGACGUGCAUUAUUACGAAGACGGAAACGUUGCCCUCAACACCACCAAGCCCGUCAGUGUCUCGAUCUCCUCUCUCUCCGCGGAGACCAUCAUCUCACGCAUCGGGGCCGCGGAGCGCGACUACCAGGAGACUCUUAACCGGGCGUUUGUGCAGAUGGCCGAGGAGGCGUUUAAGAACCUGCGGAGACAGCUGCCCAUUACCCGGCAGAAGGUGGAGUGGGAGAAGGUUGGAGGGUACCGGUUGGGACAGGACAUUUCGGGUGGUAAGGGGCGGUAG